AUGUAUUCCGAUUUUAAAGCUGAACUAGUUAGUUACGCAGAAAACACGACAAUAAGAGGCGUACCGCGAUUUGUUAAGACAAAAGAUCCAGUACUGAAGAAGCUCUGGGUGUUGUUUCUGAUUGCUUGCACUGUGACUUUAACUUUUUUUCUGUACGUUGCCAUCAGCAAGUAUAAUUAUUGGCCCAUUCGGACUAAAUACGGUGAAAAGGUUGAGGGCAAAAUUGCCUUCCCAGAUAUCACAAUAUGCAAUCUUGAUUCGUUCGCUGCUGGCUAUCCAGAAAUAUUACCCAUUGAAGAAUUUCUAUUAUUGUUUUUUAAAAAUAAAAAGAUGAUUUUGGAGCAUUUAGUAAAAAACGAAAGUUUCAGCCAGUCCUAUGCCCAGAAAAUAUAUGAAGAGUUUAACUCCAUUACAGGUUACAUUUUAAACAUACCAAAAAAUUGCGAUAUAAAAAUGGAUUGUCCAGAUUUCAUUAUUCAGUGUCAAAUCCAUCAAAGUAACUGGCCCGAUGAUAACAAGGACUGUUCAAAUUAUUUUGAAAAACACUGGAGCCCAAAUUACUACGUUUGUUAUACAUUGAAAACAAGUAAGCUACAAACAUUGAGCAACAACAUGUCUGUCAGGGGACUAUACUUAAUGUUGAACAUUGGACCACCUAGUGUGAAACAAAUUCCUUAUCAAUAUUCUUUCACGCGUUCUCAAGCAAGAGGUGUUCAGGUAGACGUCCACAGAUCUGGAACUCCUCCGAGUCCAAAAAAUGGCUUCAGUGUAGCUCCCGGAACUGAAAACAUCGUUACAAUAGUUCAGACAGAGAAACAUCGGCUGGAUAAGCCGUAUAAUAAAUUUGGUUGCACGGCUGAAACCAUUUUGAACGUUUCGCCCAACGAAUUUUACACACGUGAUUCAUGUAUUGAGUUCUGCAAGCAAAAAAACAUUUUAAAAAACUGCGGAUGUGUGUCUCAUUAUUUAGAGGUACCUCUCUCGUACAUGAACACUACAAACAUGUGCGGCAAUUUCUCGCUCGACAGCGAUCAAAUUAAAGAACACGGGUUUAACGUUUUCUUAAUGAAUAAAAAUGUUUCUGAUAACUUUCAAUGCUCUCAAAAGUUUCUUAAAGGAACUUGUGAAAGCAGCUGUUUGACACCUUGUGAUGAAACUAUCUACGGGACUUUUCUCUCUACGGCUUCAUGGCCUCAAAAUUCUCUUCAAAUUGACCUCUUUGAAAAUUUUAUUUACGAAAAAAAUUGCACUAAAACUCAUCCCGAAGUCGCCAAAAGAUAUAAAUUAUACACAGAUAUAUUGGAACAUUUUUAUGAAUCAAACCUCACCAUGACCGAUGCAAUCAAUACAAAUUUGAAAGCAACCUCGAUGAAACUGAAUCAAAUACAAGAAUCUUUCCUUACUAUCAAAUUUAUAAUAAAAGAAGACAUCCCGUAUUAUGAUAUCGAAGAAGCUGCCUACACGUGGGACACUAUGGUCGGGGUUGUCGGAGGAAUGCUCUCUCUUUGGCUCGGAGUUUCGGCGGCUACCUUCAUGGAAGUUGUAGAUUUUGUCUAUAGGUUGUUGAUGAAACGCUGCCAGAAAAAAAGUAAUACAGUUGCAAUUUAA